AAACAUUCAAACUACAUAACCCUACGUAUUUUUAUUCAGUACAAUAUGUUAAAUGUUAUUCAUAUAAACUAGUUAUUUUAAAAUAUGUUAUAAUUAAAGUUUAUUUUAUACAAUGAUUAAUGAGUAAUUACAUUAACAAUAGAUCUUUUUAAUCAUGAGUGAAGUAUAGUGUCAAUUUACAAAAUCUAUGUAAGUUUUUACGUAAUUACGAAUACUUGAUAAACACAUCUUAUAAACUGUAAAGAGCUUAAGAAUAACCCCACGUUCAACAUUAUGGAAGGAAUUAAUAAAUAUAAAUAUGGAUUUAAAUCAACAAUAGCUCAAUGUUGGGCAAUAUCAGGCGUAUGGUUAUUACAAAUUGAACUCGGCAUACAAGUUAUAACAUCUACUAUAGUUAUAGGUGCCUUGGAAAAUAACGCGCCUAGAGACAAAAAUGAAUUUUUAACCAUAACAAGAGAAGAAGCAUCUUGGUUUGGUAGUUUAUCACAUUUGUUCACCCCACUGGGAAAUGUCUUGUCCUCACUUUUACUGGACCGUCUUGGUCACAAAAAAUGUAUGAUACUGACAAAUAUACCGUACCUAAUAGCACAGAUUAUGUUAUAUUUUGCUAAAAACGUAGAAAUGCUAUACGCCUGCUCAAUUCUAAUGGCGUUGGGCGUUGGGUUUAUGAACGCCCCCAGUUUUGGGUAUGCCGGUGAAGUUUGCGAGCCCAAAUUAAGAAGUACUUUGACUUCGGCCAUGAACAUAUUUUACUAUAUGGGAACUAUGAUAUUAACCAUAAUAUAUAGUAUAACUAUUCAAUGGAGAUUGACGGUUCUAAUAACUACGGUGUUUCCAAUUUUGACCAUUAUUAUAUUAUUAACGAUUCCGGAUUCUCCGAUGUGGUUAUUGGCAAAAGGAAAACAUUCAAAAGCACAUAGACACCUCAGCAAAUUAAGAGGAAAAGUUUCGUAUGACAAAUGUGAAAACGAAUUUCAAGAAAUGGUCAGAUACAAUAUGCCCUCUUACAAUAACGAACCUCAUCACAAAGAAAAUACAAAUACUUGGAAACAACUUUUUGAACCUGCAGUGCUAAGACCUUUUCGUCUGAUGAUGAUAUACUUCUUCUUCAAGAAUUUAUUGUGUGGAUUACCAUUAUUACCAUAUUUAGUAGCAAUAUUUAAUAAAUUUAAUGCGCCUGUUAACGUCGAAUGGACUAUAUCAUUUUCAAUGUUCCUUUCUAUAGUGGGAAGUUUAAUGGCCGUUUUUCUAAUACGUAAAUUAGGCAAACGAUUUCUUACAUUAUUCACGUUAUUGGUUUGCUCUAUUUGCUAUAUACUUAUUGGAGUAAUUGGUGUUUAUUGGAAAAAUACAGAAACAAUAACCUCUUGGAUAAUACUUUUACUGUUUCUUACUACUAUUUUAAUUGCUUCAUCUGGAAUAACGCCAAUCUCAUGGAUACUUAUCGCUGAAAUAUUUCCUGCAAAGUGUAAAAAUAUUUUAUGCAACAUAAGUACAGCAUUAUUCUAUGUGAUCACCUUCUUUAUGACGAAAUAUUAUCCAGAUUAUUCAAAUUUAGUGCAAUUUUAUAAUGUAUUUACUAUAAACGGUAUUCUUGGUUUAUUUGGAUGUGUAUAUUUCUUUUUUUAUUUACCAGAAACCGAAAACAAAUCAUUACAAGAAAUUACGGAAUUUUUUAAAUAAAUUUUAACACUCAAAUACACAAAAUACUUUCCAAGCAAUAAAUGUAUUGAUUUUAUCAUAA